CACACACACAAAUUCGCACACUCACACUCCCAAAACCCAAAACCCAAAACCUAACAUCUCUCCUCUCUCAGCCUCGUCGGAGACGGCGACGAAGCUCUCGGCGAGCCGUAGCCUCUCUUUUGAUUCGUCUCUUUAGAGGUGACUACAAUACGACUUGGAGCUUUGAUUUUCUGAAGAUAUUUCUCUCAAAGGAUGUUUCCAAGGAACUGGGGAACGAAAGAAUAUGCCGAUCCGUCAUCGGACGAUGACUUUUCUCAUGGUCCCGCUGAUGGAGGAAGAAGAAGAAGAAGCAGAGGACAAGCAUCAGGAAGUCGGGGUGAUCCACCUAUGAUAGCAGCUUUGAGAACUCCAGUGGUCAAUCAUCCAGGGUUAGUUUCACCACCGCGCGUCUUCUAUGAUGAAUGGAGACGAACUAAAGGGGACAUCUGGAUUUCGAAGCCAAAUAGAAAUUCUCCAAGGAUAGCUGAUGUUCAUCGUUGCUGUUUUAGGCAGGUUGUCCGGGAAUUCAUUGAUAAGUACAUGAUGGGAACUACAACUGGAGUAUUGAGAAGUGUUGCUAUAGUCUUAGGUUCUGUGGUGAUAGAUGUUGAUAGCAAUCCAACCGUUGGACUGAAUAUUCAACUUUUAGAAUUCCUCAAGCCAAGAUUGGGAGACGAUAUGUACAAUGUAGAGUUACAACAUUUCUAUCAAAUGAUUACGCUGUCUACACCGCAAAACUGUUGGAUGCUUCAGCAUCAUCCAAUACUUAUGUCUAUUACGGAGCGUUAUCAAUUUCCCACUGAUACUCGCUUGGGGAUUCAACAUAUUACAAACUGGGAGUCCGUUUUUGAUCAGUAUGUGGAGGAAACUUGUGGUGCAGCUGCAGAAAUUAUGAUCAAGCCAAACAUUACAUCCCAUGCUAUCUUCCUUGAUGUGUUCAAUAGCUAUAACAACGACAAUCCAAUAAAAGGUUUCAUUAACAGUUGUGCGGGACUAUCCAGAUUUGCAGAAGCUCUGUUUAUUCAUGGUUCUGAUGGUGGUAGAGAUUUGCAACCUGAAGUUGUAGAGCGAGAAUUGAGCAAUAGGUUUCCUUUCAUGUUGAUCCUGAAGUUCCAAUUUCUAUUCCAAAGAAUGUGUCUGAUUGAUGAUCUUGCUUUUUUAGCUAACCGCCGGCCUGCAAUUGAUGAUGGUAUUUGUUAGACAAAGCUACAAGAAGUGGAAGAAUGAAAUUUAUUCAACAUCUUGUUUUAUGAACUUGUUACUUUUGUAUGUAAAAUUCUGGACUUAAAUUAGUGUGAUGGAAAUUUGAUUCUGCUACCUUUG